CCCAAUUCACACAACAAAUCCAAAAUUUGAUUAAGAAAAAUAAUGAAUAAAUAAAAUAAAGAGAGAGAGAGACAGAUGAAGAUACAGUGCAACGUGUGCGAGGUGGCGGAGGCGAAGGUUCUGUGCUGCUCCGACGAGGCGGCGCUGUGUUUGGAGUGCGACGAGAAAGUCCAUGCCGCCAACAAGUUUGCCAGCAAGCAUCAGCGUGUUCCCCUCUCUUCUUCCCAUCAUAUUCCUAAAUGUGACAUUUGCCAGGAAACUUCUGGGUUUUUCUUCUGCUUGCAAGAUCGAUCUUUACUCUGCAGAAAAUGCGAUAUUGCUAUACAUACAGCAAAUCUUCAUGUGUCUGGUCACCAGAGAUUUGUGCUUACUGGUGUAAAAGUUGGUCUCGAAACAACAACCGACCCUGUUGGAUCUUCUUCCAAUGUCAAAUCACCUUGUAAUGCAAAGACCACAGACGCUAAAUCCAAUUCUACAUCUAAAAUCUGGGCUCCUUUGACGUUGACUAGCGAAUACAACGAGGUUCUUCCAUCAACCGUUGGAGUUGAGAGCCUUGUGCCUACGAAAGUGUCGUAUGGUGGGGGUUCUACAGCUGGAAUCAUUCAACCAUGGCAAAUGGAUGAUUUACUUGGGCUAACCGACUUUAAUCAAAGCUUUGGUUACAUGGAUAAUGAGUUAUCUAAGGAUGAGCGAGUGAAAAAAUGCAUGCACGAGUGCAGCUGCCAGGUCGGAACUUACCGAAGUAAAUUUAAUUGGCUGAUAGUGGCAAGCGUGGAGACUCUGACAGCUCAACGAUCUUGCGAUCUACUGAGGAAAAUGUCUUUGAUGAUGAGCGCAUGGAUCAGGUGCUGGAUUCCUAUUGGGCAGUGCCCCAAAUGCCUUCACCUCCUACAGCCUCUGGGCUGUAUUGACCUAAAGACUCUCACAAUCAAUCUGAUAGCAUGGUAUUUGUUCCCGAGAUAUCCUGGUCUAACGUGAAAAGCUCUUUCCACUCGUCACAUAUUGGCUCCAUUCCGAAAAGGCGACGACAUGUUUAGAGUCAGAUCCAUCCUGUAGGACAUGCUUUUAGCCUAAACUACAAUACUAGUUUCCAUUCUCUGGUUUCGGGAUUUGCUGCUUUCUUCCACUAGGUUUCAUAAGGUGAAAAACCAACACAGAUAGUGUACUAGAAAGACCAUUGUUAAUUGCAGUAGAUAGGUAUUUGUUUUCAUUAACAUGUAUUUAUUACAGUAUAACAUGAUCGACGUAAUCAUAUCUGUGAAACUAUGACUGUGUUCCAAAAUUCAGAGCGUCGGUCCGAAAUAAAAUGGUUAGCGGUUUAAAAUU